AUGUUAGUCAGUGCGGUUGUCAGUGAAAGCUAUAAUCACAGUGUAGGGUUUAGUGAAUCUAAAGUGCUGUCGCGGAGGAAAAGGUUUUUGGUGUAUCCGGAAGGGAGUUCGCUUCAACUUGUGUUCUGCCUGUCGUUCCCGACAAUCUUCGACAUCGGAGACAUAUUCCAGUUCGGGUACACGGCGGCUCUGGCCUACGAGCUGCCGCAGGACCCCUACUCGCCGGCCAUGCACCACGCCGAUCCGCUCCAUCGCAGGGUCGACACUAAGAUGAUAUACUUCACUGAUGAUAAAGGGAAAGUGUUGUGGGGCAAGGAGUACCAUAGGAAGCCCCUCGUAAACCCGGCGAUGGCGAAGCGCAGCCUCAAAACUCCCGACAGGCGGCGCAUGCACGCCUCGCAACACACGCGCCGGUUUCUGAAAAACGUGGACGGACGGGCCGAGUUCCACCGCACCGCGCGCGCGAAGCUUUAUCCGAAAAUUGAGACGGUGCUACAGGCUAUCGGCAGCAACGGGCGAGACUGCGUGCUGAGGACUCUGUGCCGCGUGGGCCAAACGCAGCACCAGCCACAAGGGUCCUUCCUGGACGAAAUCAUGAGGGCUGUUUUCACUUUACCAAAAGGCUCCUACUCGUUCGAUUUGGAAGAGUACGACAGAGCGCACUCGGCGACCGAAUCCUGCGCAGAACUGUACCCGGACUGUGAAGACAGCGCGGCUUAGGAUGAGCAGAGCUUGUGGCUUCUUCGCUAAGUUCAUAAAUCGGAGGCUGAUUCUAAGUUUCACAUUUGUAAUUGUUAUUUUUAUGUUAAGAUCUUGAAAACAUAGACGUAAAAUUUACGUGAGAUAUAUUAAUUUUUUUUAAAUAUUAAUACGGAUGUAUUCGUCCAC